GCGGGGGCCGGACGCUGAAGAUGGCGACCCCGGGGAUGAGCUGGCAGCAGCAGCACGGCUACGGCGGCGGCUCCGCGCCCGCCGCCGCCGGGAAAUUCGGCGCCGGCCCUGGCCCGGGCGCCGAGCACAGCCCCGAGCUGCAUUUCAAAAUGAGCAAGAAGAUCGCCCAGCUCACCAAGGUAAUAUAUGCAUUGAACACUAAAAAUGAUGAACACGAAGCUGCCAUCCAAGCCCUUAAGGAUGCCCAUGAAGAAGAAAUUCAGCAAAUUCUUGCAGAGACCAGGGAGAAGAUCUUGCAGUAUAAAAGUAAAGUUGCGGAAGAAAUGGAUCUUAAGAGAAAGAUCCAGGUUUUGGAAGAGUCAUUGGAAGAUCAUAAAAAGAUGAAACAUCAGGCCUUGACAGAAUUUGAAGCAUAUAAGGAUAGAGUUGAGGAUAUGCAGCUUUGUGCAGAAGCCCAGCAUGUCCAACGUGUAGUGACCAUGUCAAGAGAAGUAGAAGAGAUUAGAAAGAAAUUUGAGGAAAGGCUACGAAGUUUCAUACAGUUGCAAGUGCAGUAUGAGAAGGACAAGCGUUCAGCUCUGGAAGACUUGAGAGCUGCACAUAGGCUUGAGAUUCAAGAACUUCUGAAGACUCAACAGAGUCAGAAUGCUACCUUGAGUAAGGGGCAAGAAAAGCUAGAGGAAUUGCACAGACUGGAGCUGGAAGACUUGAACAAUAAAGUUGAGGAGUUAAGACUGGAAAGAAAAAAACUCAUUGAGGAUUACGAAGGCAAACUCAGCAAAGCACAGACCUUCUAUGAACACGAACUUGAUUCUUUGAAAAGAUCUCAGCUUUUUACAGCUGAAAGUCUGCAUGCUUGCAAAGAGAAAGAGGUGGAGCUAAGAAAAGAAUUUCAAAACCAAGAAAGUAUUUUACGGAAGAAUCUGGGAAAGCUUAAAACUGAGUUGCAAAUGGUCCAGGAUGAAGCUGCCAGUCUACGGGAGAAAUGCCAAAAACUUCAAGUGGCUCUUAGUACAGCAGAAAACAAUGUUCAGGUUCUUCAGAAACAGCUAGAUGAUGUGAAGGAGGAGGAGAUGUCAUUGCUAAGCAAACACAAAGAAGUGGAAAGUGAGCUAGCAGCUGCUAGAGAACGCUUACAGCAGCAGGCCACUGAUCUCGUUCUCAAAGCCAGUCAUAUUGGAAUGCUUCAAGCCACCCAAAUGACUCAAGAAGUUACAAUCAGAGAUUUGGAAUCAGAAAAGUCUAGAUUAAAGGAAAAACUGUCCCAACUGGAAGAGGAAAGAAACUUACUACAAAGCAAAACACAGAGUCUGGAUGAGCGACAAAGACAGCAGAUUCUGGCCUUGGAGAAGAAAGUAAACGAAGCAAGGGAGACACAACGUGAAUAUUAUGAGAAGGAGUUGGUAAAACUGCAAGCAAGAUUAGAAGGAGAGGCUGCACAGUUGAAGGAGGCUCAUUCAAAGACUUUAGAAGAAUUGACCUGGAAACACCAUACUGCAAUAGAGGCUGCACACAGUAAUGCUAAUAAAGAUAAGAAAAAACUGCAGAUGGAGUUGGAGCAGCAGUUUGAGAAGGAGAAACUGCAUUUGGAGGAUGAUAAGAAUCAGCUUCGACAACAGCUGGAAAAUCUGAAAGAAGAAUUGACAACAAAACUAACUUCUGCCAAUCAGGAGGUGUGUCGUCUGCAAGACCUUGUACGAAAAAGUGAACAAGGCCUUGGUACUGCAGAAGGACAUAUCUCCAGUCUUCAGGAAGCUCAGGAAAUACUCCAGAAAGAACUAGAGUUAACAAGAGCAAGACUGCGUGAAACUACAGAUUCAUUGUAUAAUGUUGAGGGAGAACUAGAUCAGGAGAGACAACAGCACGAAGCAAUGAUUGCUGCCAUGAGAGAAGAAGAAAAGUUCAAAGUUGACAGAAUGGCUCGUGACUUGGAAAUCAAAUGGACAGAAAAUCUUCGGCAAGAAUGUAAUAAGCUUCGUGAAGAGCUGAGGCUUCAACAUGAAGAGGAUAAGAAAGCAGCUAUGACUCAACUAUUGCAGCUGAAAGAACGUGAAAAAAAUGCGGCCAGGGAUGGAUGGCAAAAAAAAGUUGAAGAUCUUUUAGAUCAGAUCUCCUUGCUGAAGCAGAAUCUGGAGAUGCAGCUUUCCCAGUCACAGAGCUCUUUGCAACAGCUACAAGCCCAGUUCAGUCAGGAGCGACAGAGGAUGACUCAGGAGAUGCAGGAAUUAGAAGAAGAGCAUCAGCAAAGGCAUAAGUCACUUCAGGAGGCCCAUAUCCUUGCCUUUCAAAAUAUGGAAGAAACAAAAGAGCAAGAACAAAAGGAAUUAGAAGAACGUUUACAACAAAAGCAUUCAGAAGAACUUCAGGCACUCAAAGAAACACACAAACAAGCCAUGGAAGGUUUCAAAUUGGAGAUGGAACAGGAACUUCAGACUCUACGAUUUGAGCUGGAGGAUGAAGGAAAAGCUAUGUUAGCUUCCUUGCGCUCAGAGCUAAAUCAUCAACAUGCAGCAGCAAUUGACCAACUAAGGCACAACCAUCAACAGGAACUGGUAGCUGCCAAAAUGGAGCUUGAAAGAAGCAUAGAACUUGGCAGAAGACAGGAGAAAGAAUUUUUAUGCCGAAUAUCAGACCUCCAAGAUGAACUGAGACAUCGAGACCAUCAUAUAGCUGAACUGGACAAAGAGAUUCUUCAUCUUCAUGACAAUAUAAGUGCAUUGACCAAGGAACUAGAGUUUAAAGGGAAAGAAGUUCUUAGAAUACGCAGUGAAUCUAACCAACAGAUCAGGAUGCAUGAGCAAGAUUUAAGCAAGAAACAUGAGAAAGAGCUGGAUGUCUUGGCAGCAGAUCACAUCAGAGAGAAACAAAGCAUGCUGGCAGAUUUUAAUAAGACCCAAGAGCUGCUCAAGGAAAUUAAUUCAGCUUUACAAGUUUCUUUAGAAGAAAUGGAAGAAAAAUAUAAAAACAGAGAAUCAAGACCAGAAGACUUGCAGCUUAUCUCAGAACUGAAAGACCUAAUUGCAGAGCGGGACCAACUCAUAAAGAAAUUGAUUGAAGACAAAAAGUUCUAUCAGCUGGAGCUAGUUAACAGGGAGACUAACUACAACAAAGUGUUUAAUGCAAGCCCAAAUGUUGGUGUUAUUAAUCCAUUGGUGAAGCAAAAGAAGAAGAAUGAUAAAUCAACAAACAGGUUUGUGAGUGUCCCCAAUCUAAGUGCUCUGGAAUCUAGCGGAGUGGGCAAUGGACAUCCUAACCGCCUGGACCCCAUUCCUAACUCACCCAUCCACGAUAUUGAGUUCAACAGCAGCAAACCACUGCCACAGCCAAUACCACCCAAAGAGCCCAAGACGUUUUUGAGCCCUCCUCAGACUGAUGCUUCACCAGUGGCUUCACCAGAUCCACAACGCCAGGAGUGGUUUGCCCGAUACUUCACAUUCUGAGAGAUGAUUUGUUCUUGUGGCACAGCGUGACGUGGACUGUUUAUCAGAGCAUGACCUUAAGUAAACCCUCAUGUGAACAAGCUUUCCUGUAAUUUGUCAAACACUGUGAAUGAGAAAGUAUUUGUCUUUCUGAUUUGAAAAAGCACUGUAUUUCAUGUGAUAUUUGUUGGAAUCACUUGACAUGGUACUAUAUAAUGUGUGUAAUUAUAACUAUUAUUUUUAUUUAAAAUGGAAGAACCUUUAAACUUUGUAAGUACAACAUAAUAAAUUUUGGUAGAACAAACAUAAUGCUUUCCCCCUUUUUCCUAUAAAUGUUUUCUUUGAUUUCAGGUAAGGCUUUCCCCCCUAGAAAAUCGCAUGGUUGUUACAAAUACAAUUUAAAUUGUAAAAGGAAAAAAUAUAUAUAUCCCACUCUCUCUCCAAUUUGGGCAAGAUAUGUUUAAUCCAUCCCAAUUCUAUUAUGUUAGCAUUUUAAAAACUGUCCUCUUUCUAAGAUUUCAAAGGAAGACUGUGAAGUAAAUCAAAAACAGUGUAGCUGCUAGCCUUCAGAGCAGAGUGAUUUUGACAAGACCAUAAAAAAAAAAUAGACACUGUUCAUUGGGGCAGGGGUUUGAUUUCUUAACUGCUGCCUCUGAGACUUUGCCCUCUAGUUAUAAUCUAAAACUUUAUCACUGAAUUUAAGCAGAAACUGUAUUCACAGAUUAUGUAUUUAUUUUAUUAAUAUUAACAAAGACAAAUGCUUGAAACCUUUAGAAUACUAUGUACUAAGUACCUCUGCAUAAAUCAAGAAUCUACAUUUUGAGCAUGAAGUCCUGCUUUGGAUAAAAAUCAUGUCUGAAAUUAAAAAAAAAAAAACAACUAAAAAAAAACACAACUUUUUCCCAGUUCUACAUAUUACACAUAUAGAUCUUGAAAAGUUAAUUACCUUCAAUUGUCUAUAUUAAAGGGUUUUCUUGUCUUAAACUAAUCUAUGAACAUGUUUUUUCAGCUAGUGAGCAUGAUUCUCCAAUCUACACCUUUAUGAUGCCAGUGUUGUUCCAGAAAUUUGCUGCAGUAUAUUGAAAAAGCCCGUUGUCUCUUUUGUAUUUUUUCAUUCAAAGAUUACCACAAAGUAAUUCGCACUGGUAGUCUCAGGGAGAAAAUUGUCUCUUUGUUUUAUGAAUGUAUUUUUAAGCCGAAUCUCUUAUCUUUUAAAAGCAGGAAAAUUUGAGUUGUUUGAAUAACAUUUUAGUUAGCAUAUACAAAGGUCUUGAACUUUAAUAUUCAUCUGAAGCCCUAACUACAUACUUUUUUUCCUUGUAUGCACAAAGGUAAAUACCCAGAUGAAGAUACUUGCUAAUUACAAUGAGUUUUAUAUGUAGUAUAUGUAUAAAUGAAAAAAUUUGUAUGUUUUCAUAUAAACAAUAUAAAAUAUUCUAAAUGAACAUUUUAAAACUUCUUAUAAUUCUGCUUGAAAACUCCACUGAAAGCUGUAUUCUGGUGAUGCUGCUGUGGAUUAAAGAUGCAUACAGCAAAUUUUCUGUAGCUGGUGGACUCAACUGUAGGUAUAUGCAACUUUUUAAUUUUAGAAGAAAGCCAUAUUGGGCAAAAUGUCAGAUUUCUUGGCUCUUACCCGAAAUAAAAUACACUAGCUCAUUUUGUUAUAACGUUCUGACGUGAGUGUUGCGUAUUUUUUCUUGCAUGCUUUGCAAA